AUGGAGAACUUCAAUGCACAGCUUCUGCAAUGCCCAGAAGUGCCACAAUAUUCCAGGGAUUUUAAACUCAAUCAUUUCGUGGUCGCUGUGGCCAAGACAGCCGUGAAUCUCCAUUUCUCUCAUGAGAUCCACUCUGUUGAAAAACAGCUGAUCAAGGAGAACAUUUUUCUGAGUCGGUUCCCUUACGGCCUGGUCCAUAAAGUUGUCAUCCAUCUAUUUUAUGAGCAUCUUGCAAAAAAGAUUUGGAGAGCAGGAGCCAAAACCGAGAGUUGUGAAUGUGCAGAAGUGGACACUGAUAACACCCAUCCCACGUGCACGGUGAAGGUUGUGCCAGUGACAACUACGAGAAGAGCUGUCUUCUUGGGUGGUUUCAGAGGCUAUCUACACCCAAAGAAAGCAAAACCCAUCAGAAGAAGGAAACUCCUUGCUCACAGAUUUUGGUUGCUCUGCCACUGGUUAUGGCUUACAGAACCAAAGAAAACAGCGGGAACAGUAAAGUUACCGAGACUGAAUUAUUUUUCCCUGUCACGAGGAGGACUCCACUGGCAUCAGCACAGGAACACCCCUGGGCGUUCCUGGAGAGCACAGGGCUGUGUGAAGAGGAGUGGCAGCAAACCUGAGGUCUCUUCCAGCCAAAAUGAUCCAUCUCUCUGUCUCUGGUGCGCUCAGCUCUGCGCUCACCAAAGCUGCCUUAAUCCGUCUGUCCACAUACACUUGGAAGUGUCUGCUGGGCCUGUGCCCCAUUCCCUGAGGUUGCCUUCUCUGUGCUGUGCUGCAGUGUGUGAUGCCUUCAGCCACAGUUCAGCUGCUGAGAAAGGCAGGGGGGGUUCUGCAGUCCUCAGUCCAAACUGGACCGUCAGAGCCAGAGAAACAGAGAAAGACACGGGUGCUAAAGCGGCAGGUCACAAAAGAGAUCAGUUAGUUGGCUUCUCACUCAGUACAGUGAGAAGUACUUCAUACCCCCUGCCCUCCCCUGUUCCCAUCCCACGCCGGUCCUGUUCCCUGCCUUGCCAGGAGCACAUUUUGGUACAGGGGUCUGAAAAAUCAUGACUAUUUCUAUUCUGUGGUUUCCAUUGUAGUAAUUCAUCUGUUCAGCUCUGCACAAGGCCCUUGAAUGGGGCACAGCAGCACACACCCUGUGUGACAGGAAAAAAAAAGAGGAUUACUGUGGGGAUGGCUGAAAGGAAAAUAUGAUUCCUUUGCUUGUUGCUACAAUCUUGUUGACUUGCCCAUGCAUUGCAGGAAGCAAUUCAUACAGAUUUUCUUUGCAUAAUAAUAGUAAAGGCUUUUUGUUUUGUGGAAAACGCAAAGGGUAGGGGAGAGGAUUUAUCACAGGGACAGGCACAGUCUUGGCAGAAAGUUUAUAUACCAUUUAUGCAAAAUCACUUCCUGCUGCCCAAAUGUUGUCUCUCUGUGAUCCAACAUGGUGGAGACGGUCAUGUGAAGGGCUUGGGCUCAAAGGUUGUUUUGAACUCUUAUUUCACUGCUGGCUCAUAACAGGAGAGUGCAGCAGAGAGAGGGCAGUAGCUGGGCUUUGCUAAGACCGGCCUGCUACACAGUUUUACUUGGUGUUGGUGUUACUUUGGGUUUUUUAACUGCUUUUUGCAUAUGGCCUGUGUUAAAGGUCAUGAUUAACGUGCUUGACACCUCCUGGAUUUGUGCAGCCCACUCCUGUUGUCCCAGUGCUCUGGUGACCCCCAGCAUUAGCUACUGGCAGGGGUGUAGCAGUGGAAACACACACUUUUACAGUUUGUUUGUUUUUUUUUUUUUUCCUGGUAAGUAAAGGAGGCUUUUUUCAGUUGUGCUGGCUGUUUGUCAGCUACUCUUUCUGGAGAGGUGAACAGGCAUGACAGGUUGGAGGUAUGGAAUGGGUGUCCCUUCAGAGUUGCUGAGCAAGGACUUUAGACAGACUUGACUGGUAGGAGUUAAACCCAGCAAUGCCCUGCUCCGGUGGGGAAGAUGGUUUUGAAUGGAAGGUGGCAAACAGCAUGGAAAGAGUUUUCUAAUUUUAAUUUUUUUUAAUAAAGACUCAUGCCAGCUCCCUGAGCUGGGCUUGCAGGUGUGCCAGGGAACUUAACCCAGCUAUUCCCAGCAGUAUUAUCUCUUGGAGGAUGUGGAGGCUCCCUGCAGUCUCGGGGGCUCUUCCAGGGGCAAAUUAUUCUCACAGACAUUCAUGACUGCCCACACAAUUUGCCGUUAUGUCCCCUGUCCCCCAUCGAGUCAUAGCUACCAUCUUCUAUGUCAAUUUUCUCUGUGGCUGCUGAGGCAGUCUGGGUGUUAUGUGGUGGCCCAUGGACUGGGACAUCCCCUUGGUGGCUGCAAGAUCAACUUUCUUCAGCAAUGAGGCCUCAGGUUUAAGUAAUUUCAUAUGCUUGUGUCCAUCUGAUUCAUGAGUGACAGGGCUGCAGAGAACUUCAUCCCCAUUAGUGCAGUAUGAAACUACUUGCAAAACCUAAACCGUGCUUUUUAGUCCCACCUUAAACACGUGAAUUCCAUGGCCUUUGCUGAGUUUCCCUGAAUGAGCUGCAGGGGGUUUUAAAUUAAUAUAUAAUAAUAGUGGGUUGAUUACUCCUUUCUUUUACUUUUUUGGUCAGGUAAAUAAAACCCACUUGGGGAAAGGGGGCAGGGGGAGGUGUAUGUAUUAAAACUUGUACUGCUCAUGUCUCUGGUCUUUAUUUAUUCUGAAGUAUUGCUGAAGUUCUGAUGUUAUAUUGUGAAGAUGUUUCGUGAUGUCAAAUCUCAGCCUUUGCAUCAGGCACUGUUUCCUCUGUGUGGUACUUCAUUAGCUGGAGCCUUUCAGGGUGUGUGUGCCCCUGGGCGCAGGCCAGGCAUGGGAAGAGCCCCAUGGUGCAGAGAUGGAUGCAGUGCCAGGGGCACGGUGCCACAGCCUGCUGCCAUCCUGUACAAGGGCGGGCUUGCAGCAGCACUGUUUUGCUUCACCCACCCUCCCCCCAUGGAAAAUAUAGUUGAUAUUACCUACAGCUGUAAAGCAUGAAUGCGUAAUAAUGUUACCCUAACCCCCCUUCAGCAAGCAGUACUGUUACAAACAGCUUGUGCUCCUGGCAGCGCUCCCUGAAGGUAGGAGAGAAGGUACCAGCACUGGCACAGCCACUCAGGGAAUUGUGUGUGUCUGCAAUGACCUUUCCAGGCUGCUGGGGAUAAAAUGUUGAGGUCAUUCAUGAAAGAAAGAGUUGCAAUCCAGGGACACUGGAGUGUUUUAAAAUGCGCCUCAAAGAGCCAAAUGACCUUUAGAGUUUCUUGAUAAAUGUAAAAUGCUUUCCAGAGGCCUGGUAAUGCAGGGCUAAUGCUCUCUGGGCAGUGAGGCAGACUGGGGGCAGUGGGGGGGGUGUUUAGGGGGGUGUGUGAGUGUGGGUUUGAG